CAACCACACCUCCAACCCCAUCGCAAAGCCCACCCGCUCCACGCUCCAAACCUUGCUCUCCUCGCCCUCAAAUCCACCAUGGCGACCUCCGCCGAGCUCGAAGACCCGCUCUACAACCUCCGCCUCAGCAUACGCGACUCCAACACCCCCAUCCUCACCACGACGCCCACGCCCUCCGCCCCCAGCGACACCGUCGACGACAUCGCGCACGCAACACACAUCCAAUUCAACCAUGGCGCGCACCACCAAUCCUUCGACAUCAAGACGCCCACGCGCUUCGCCCCCGACGACAAGCCCAUCGACCUGCGCAGCAUCUACUUCGCUUGGCUGAACAAAGACGCCCAGGUCACCGAGUACUUCGCCGCGGUCCAGCACCUGAACGAGGAGCUGCCGAGCGGCGCGGGCGGCAGCGUGCAGAACUUGAACUUCGCGCAGAAGAUCGAGCUGAUUGCUUGGCUGAGCGGCGAGACGGAGAGUAGCGAGAGUAUUGCGCCACUGGAGGGCGCGGAUGCGGCGAGCGCGGCGGCCGGCGAUGCCGCGGCGAUUGCGGGCGGGAAGGGCGUGCCCAUGCAGAAGACGGCUGGUGUGGGCGGGGGCCAGAAGAUGGUGGAUGCGAGGCUGUUGCAGAUUUAUGAUGGGGAGAGGAGGAUGGGGGAUCAUAAUAGUGUGUUGAGGGGGACGAAACCUAUCGACUUCUCCAUCUACCGCAAAACGGCCGCGACCUUCCUGCGCUCGCGCCCCCCCUCCACAAAAGAACCCGCUCCCGCACCCCACCCCCCGCUCGUCUCCGGCCUCCAAAAGAAGCCCUCCUCCCGCCGCCUCGAACAACCCAUCAUCCUGCUCUCUCCAUCCGCAUCCUCCCUCCUCCGCAUGUCGAACAUAAAAUCCUUCCUCAGCGACGGCCUCUUCAUUCCGCCCAACGCCACCGACACGCAAACCAGCAACCUCCUCCAACUCCAACGCCUCCUGCCCUCCAUAUCCUCCUCGCCCCUGCGCUUCAUCCUCGUCGACUCCACCUCGCUCUUCAAGCCGCCCUACUGGUCGCGCGUCGUCGCCAUCUUCACCACCGGCCAGCCCUGGCAGUUCAAAUCGUACAAGUACCCGAACCCCGUGGAGCUGUUCACCCACUACCCCGGCGUGUAUGUAGGCUGGGAAGGGGAGAAUGAGCCGGAGAACGUGAAGAAUUGGGGACGCGGCGUUAUGAGUGUCAAGGUGGAUAAGUGGACGGGCAGUGAGAAGGGGAGGUGGAGGGAUAGGGAGGUGGUGGAGAGGAUUUGGGGGCGCAUUGAGGAGGGGAUGAGGAGGGGGGGUUGGACUAAGGAGGGCCCGGGAAUGGCCGGGCAGCAGGCGGGGAGGUAGAGAGCUGCCGAUGUUCGCAGUGUGUAGAUUGGGAAGGCGGAUGGGAUGGUGUCUGGCGUUUGUAGGCUGCAUAGCGCGGUUCGGUUUGGCUCGGUUCGGUCGGCUUGGAUUGUUAUACCUCCGAGAAUCGGCGUUCAUGUUCACAGCUUUAGGAGUUAUAUCCGCAUGUAUUAGAACAAAUGCAGAAGAGAGUAGGAUGAAAGUAGAUCAACGUAUCCAUUAGCGCCGAAGCUCGAUAUCGUAGCAUGAAAGGAGAAAGGGGUUCUGUUCCGCAGAUGUACAUUCCAGAU